AUGGCUUUUCUAAAGCUCCCAACCGAACUUCGACAGCGAAUACUCAAAUUAGCCAUAUGCACUCGGGUGACGCCUCCCGAAUCCCCGUCCGCAAGUCAGCGUGGCCGUAAACAUCUCUGCGAUGAGUUCUGGGAUGACUAUUACAUCUGGCAUCUGACUCCCAAGAAUCUCUCGUUGCCACUCAUGUUGGUGAGCCGGCAAUUUUAUACGGACAUUCAGAAGGUCCUUGAACUUUUUGGCACCAACUACCACGUCGACAUCAUGUUUGUCAAGGACCAUGGCUUCUGGACAACGUGGUCCAUCCCCGCGUUCCCUAAGACGCAGUACAUUGAUUCUGUCCACGCGACUUUCAGGAUCUUCGAGCCUACACAGGAUCUGGACGAGAAAUUCAAGCAUAGUCUAUUCCUUGGAGGCUCAGAAGGAUGCUCGGGCGGGGGAAUGUGGGGUUUCCACCUCUUGCUGGCCGCGCUGUUACAGUCUGGGCCAGGUUUCCUCAAGCCCUCCCCGCUCCAAUAUGAUCCCUCUUCCCCAUACGUCAUUAAGAGAAUUGUGAUUGAUGUUUUAUCUCCGACGGACGGUGUUAGGCAUAGAAGCCUCAGCGCAAGCAACGAAGACUUUGGCACCAGUCCUGUGUGGCGGAGCGCUCGCGCUCGGAACGGUCUUCUUGACAACGAGCAGAUAGCCCCAGAAACGAGGUUGGUCGAGCACAUGCUCUGGGGGUUCAGAAAACUUUGGGACUUGAACACUGAAAGCCUAGAGUACGGCGCGAUUGUGUUGGAGGGGGUACGCGAUACCAUCGAUUUUAUGGUUAAUGGAGAACUUCAUACGCGGUUCGACGUAGCCGAACGGGCGAAGACGAUGCAGAUUCCGGUGCAUCCUAGGACCGGAAUUCCUGAAUUCAACCAAGAUCGGAAUAGAGAGUAUGGGAAAUGGCGGAAAUGGCUCGACGAGAGGAGGAAGCUGAUGGAACAGGGUCUGGAGUUUGAUCCAAAACGGCCUGUAGAGAUCAUCUAUCUGUGA